AUGCAGCUGGUCAGUGAGGAAGAACGAAUCGGGGUAAACAGAGACAGCCACCCCUACAGCCACAGAAUAACACCAUCGCCCAUUACCGUCAGCGCACCAUCAGAUGGUAGCACACUGUCUUUUGCAGCCACAGACCAACACCAUUUGGACAGAGAGGAAGCGAUGAAUAGACUGGGAGAUGUUCCCAAGAAAGACAGGAAAAACAAGCUAUUGGAUUUGUUGCUUAUUACAAUACAAACGAUACUGCCGUCGCUUUUCACGGGCGGAAUUAAUUUCGUGAUAGCUUGGGGAAUGUACAAAGACCAGGCACAGAUAUCGUGGUGGUAUUUCCCGUGUCCUCUCAGUGGCGAUCUAGCGGUAACAAUUUUCAUUCAGGGCACAUUGACGUAUUUUUUCACGACAAUAACACUCACGCUCGACUACUACGCACAGAGGCGGGUACCAUGGCACGCCUUGCAUAUUCCAAAGCAAUUGAUAGAACGAAUUCCUCUUCCUGCAGUAAUCCUCCUCCCCCACAUCCCCAUCCCGGCAGGCACGCGCAAGGACGAGAAGCUGGGUUCAGUGGGGCUGAUAAAGAGGUUCGUGACCUCACCUAAAUCAAUCCUCUUCACUGUUCUCUCUGGUUUGCUCAACUCGGCAAUCAUCUUUUUCGUUGUGUUUCCAGUAUCGAUUGCUAUUAUGGCACCGUUGAUCGGAGGCAGGGAGAAUGUCGCGCAUACGUGGUGGCCAGAAGCACUCAAGGGAGUGUUCGGAUUUUUGUUGAAUAUGGUACAGGCCCCUAUUGUAUCGCUAUACGCUGUGAGUAUGUUAUGCGAUAAGCAAGUGGACAAAAGGAGGAGUUUGAUUACUUCAUAUGCCAGCAAUACGCCUAUCAUCGAAAGUGAGAAAUAA